AUGCGAUGGAUAUUAAGCACGGUAUUCAAUACCCCCCCUCACUUCAUUAAUGAGCGAACUUUCCAGGUGAUUGAUACAGAUCAAAAUCAAGAGCUUGACGCUGAGAAAAGGACAGUACGCGUUGUAAAGUACGACGGAAAUGGCCUCGGAAUCAGCAUCAAAGGAGGUCGGGACAACAACAUGCCCAUUAUUAUCAGCAAAAUCUUCAAAGGAAUGGCUGCGGAUGCUACGGGAGAGCUAUUUGUUGGGGAUACAAUCCUUGCUGUGAAUGGGGAAUCGCUAGUCGACGCCACGCACGACGAUGCCGUACGAGCGCUGAAAAGAGCUGGACGAGUUGUCGACCUGUACGGUAAGUGGAACGAGAGAGAAAAAGAUCGAGGCGUGAGGAAAAGGACAGUACGCGUUGUAAAGUACGACGGAAAUGGCCUCGGAAUCAGCAUCAAAGGAGGACGGGACAACAACAUGCCCAUUAUUAUCAGCAAAAUCUUCAAAGGAAUGGCUGCGGAUGCUACGGGAGAGCUAUUUGUUGGGGAUACAAUCCUUGCUGUGAAUGGGGAAUCGCUAGUCGACGCCACGCACGACGAUGCCGUACGAGCGCUGAAAAGAGCUGGACGAGUUGUCGACCUAUACGUGCAAUAUAAACGGGACGAAGUGGUGCGACGGGACAAUGUCGUUGAGAAAAUCGAAUGGGAUGACGACAAUCGUGACAGAAUCCGUGCCAUUGGUCUGAAACUUGCAUGCGUUGCUCGGGCCGGAAUUGAUGCCGACGCUGAGGGCAGGAUAUUCGAGAUGAGAAGUCCGUCGGGCCGUUAUGCAUUGGCAUUCCGUUGUGCUACUUCAGUGGAAGCCGAUUCAUGGUUCGAAGCAAUUCAUGGCUGCGCUAAUGCAUUGCUUACGCAAGCACUCGCUCAAGUAAACCUCAUGCUAGGUGGACACCCACAAGUGAGGCGAAUGGGAUGGGUAUCAGAGCAGGUGAGAAUAUUAACGUUUUCCAACACG